AUGGCGACGCCGGAGGCGUACUUUGGCGAUCUCGCGCGCUGGGCGCGCCAGCGCGAGGGCGCCUUGGCAGAAAGGAGCAGGGUGAAGCUGCGUGCGUUUCCGAUCGACCUGCACCACCUGUACUAUUUUUUGCUGCGGUGCGAGGGGCUCGGCAUGGCCCCGGGGCCGCUCGAGGUGGACGUGGGGCCCAUGCAGGGGUCCAGCACGGCCCCCGCGCGUGCCCAGGACGACGUGCGCUCCAUGUUUUCGUUCCAGGAUACCAUACACACCGUACAGACGCUCUGGGGGGGACGGCCGGCCGUCGAUCCCGAGCAGCCGUUCCGGUACUUGUACAAGCUCUGCACGCGCCUCGCCGCGCUCGAGCUGUACGCCCAGCCACGCCAGGCGCUGCAGGGGUGCGACGACAUGCCGGGGUCCCACGCGGUGCCGAUGCACGCAUUCAAGGGGCUGGCCUCGCUCGCGCUGAACGACGUCGCGCCGCAGCGCCUCGUGGGGUGGGACAGGCUCUGCCUCCAGCUCGAGGGGCUCCAGUGCGCGAAUCUCGGCGCAGCAGACAUGACCGACGUGUUUGUAGGCCUCGUGCAGCGCGACAGUGCCCAGGACACCGUGCCGCGGCCGCUGCCGGCCGCCGCCUGGCACACGCUGCACUACCUGAACCUGGCCGGGAACGAGCUGACGUUUGUGCCGUCGACGGCGCUGCGUGCACUCCCGGCGCUCGUGCACCUCGACCUGUCGCGCAACCUGCUGAACGCCGUGCCGCCGGCGCUCGAGUACCAGCCGCACCUCUGUGCGCUGAAUCUGUCGGACAAUAUGAUCGAUAGCGUCCUCGGGAUCUACGACGCGCUGCCUGCGAUCCGCUCGCUGAACCUCGCGGCGAACCGCCUGGGAAGCUUGUGCGGCCUCGAGCGCCUCAAGACGCUCGAGCAGGUCGACCUGCGCACGAACCUCGUCGAAGACGUGGGCGAGGUGGGGCGCCUCGCGACGCUGCCCCGCAUCUCGCACGUAUGGAUCGACGGCAACCCUAUCGUGACGUCGGUGCCGGACGUGCGUGUGGCCGUCUUUACGCUCUUUGCGCUCGAGCACAAAGAGAUCAAGAUCGACGACCAAGCAUGUGGCUUUCUCGAGCAGCGCCGCGUCGCGCAGCGCGUCGCGAAGCAGGCUGCGCCGGUGCGCGACACGCCCACGAUCGAGGCACAGAUCGCGCCGGACGUGCGCCGCGUCACGCUCGCCACCGCGCCGCAGGAUGAGGUGCGCCGCCGCCGGCCGCGCCGCACGGACCCGGGCCCGCUUGCGCAGCCCGAGCAGCGCAAGCGCAAGCCGCGCCGCUCCGAGCUGCCGCGCCCGGAUAUUCCGCGCAACGAGUCGCUGAAGCAGCGCAUCGAGCGCCUGCGCGGCGACGCGGGCGACGACUGGCUCCGGGAAUUCGCACGCAACGAGUUUGACGAGCAAAACGAGCGGCGCGACUAUCCCGUGCAUGCGGUCGACGAGGACUCGCCGGCUGCGACCUUGCCGACACCGUUCCGCCUCGCGCUCGAGGCAGUCUCGACGCCGGCCGGCGCGGCGAUCACCACGGUCGGCGUGCUUGUCGGCGGCCGUAUCAUCCGGCGCCGUUUCUUUCAUCGAUACCCCACCGCGGCACACCUCACGCCGAAUGUGCUGCGCACGCGCCGCAUGCUGGUCGGCACGGUAACGAGCGUCGGCGACGCCGACGGCUUCCGGCUGUACCAUACCCCUGGCCUGCCGUUCCUGCGCGACGUCUUUUUCAAGCCGCCGAAAAACAAGACGCAGCUGCGCAACGAGACGAUCUCGGUGCGUAUCGCAGGUGCGGACGCGCCGGAAGCUGCACACUUUGGCCGCGAGGCGCAGCCGUUUGCGGACGAGGCCAAGGAGGAGCUCAAGCGGCUUGUGCUCGGCAAGACCGUCUGGCUCGACAUGGCGCACAUCGAUCAGUACCAGCGCCUUGUCGCGACGCCGUACGUGUGGCGGCCGCCGUACAUCUUUGGGCGGACGAACGUUUCCUUGACCAUGGUCCGCAAAGGGCUCGCGACCGUGUACCGCAACGCGGGCGCGGCAUACGGCCAGGCGACGUGGCUGUCCAAGACGCUCUUUCACGCGACGUCCGGCCGCAAGCGCCUCGAGCGCGCGGAAGAGUAUGCCAAGAUUAUGCGAAUCGGCAUGUGGUCGCUAGGCAAGAAGCUCGAGACGCCGGCCGAGUUUAAGCGGCGCAUGCGCGACGAUACAUAA